GUCCGAGUUGUUAGAUUUUGUCGUUUUCCUGUCAGCGCUUGCCAGCUGUCACAGGCCGGCCGCCGGCCGGCCGGCCGGCAGCGCGCACUUGUAGCUCUUCCGCAGCUUUAGCGGGAGACGGAGCAUAUACUGAAAAAAAAGCAGGAAUUUUUCGACUUGGAUCUGGACUUGAUGAGAGGGUCAGAAACAGCCAAGAGCGCCCGUAAUUGUGGUCAGAUACAUGCAAGAGAGAGAGAGAGAGAGAGAGAGAGAGAGAGAGAGAGAGAGAGAGAGAGAGAGAGAGUCCUAGAAUGAGUAUGCGCUGAGGGAGGGUGAACAGAGUGGUGGAGAAAGAGGGGAAGGGCGGGUUGGAGCGAACGCAAGGCAGAGGAGGAGGAGGAGGAAGAGGGAGAGAGAGGAGGGAGGGAAGGGAAGAGCAUGGAAAGUUCACGAGGCGGGGACGAAGGUGAUGGCGCCAGCGCGUCGAGUCCGUCGGCAGCGCCCGUGCAGCAUUACACGCGUCAGGAUUAUCAGGCGAUAGACUUCCACAACAACUGCGCUGUCAAAACGAUUCUCAGCGGUGUGAUGGGUGGCGGGAUGGGACUCCUGAUGGGAUUUCUAUUUGGAGGGUACGAUCCUUGUUUUGCGGACGAGGCCUUGUCUAUGCGACAGAAGCUGUGGAUCUCGACAAAGAGUGCGGGUGUCAGAAGCCUGCAGAUGGCCAAAGGUUUCGCUUUGGUCGGUGCCAUCUAUUCUGGAACGGAAUGCAUCGUAGAAAAGGCUCGAGCAAAACAUGAUAUGAACAACACCGUUAUUGCUGGGUGCAUUACUGGGGGGAGUUUGUCUGCAAAAGGGGGACCGAGGGCGGCCUGUGCUGGAUGUGUUGGGUUUGCAGCCUUCUCGGUGCUGAUAGACAAAGUGAUGCAAGGAGAUUGAUGGAUGAUGAUGUAUCUGCCCUUCUUUUUGGGACGGUGCACAAUGUACAUCCACCAAAUGGAUGGUCAGGGGGGGACAUCCAUGCGGGAGACGGUGAGAGGCGUGAAGAGUCGUGGGUUCCGCGGAAGAGAGUAGGAAAUUUUUCUAGGAGGUUUGUUUGCUAGGGAGGGAGUUUUCAGGCAGAGAGGUUGGCAUAUCCGUACAAUGUACGUCUUCUCUGUCGCCAAGGACAGACCUGGAUUCUUGUUGAGACUUGAUUCUUAUCCUUUUUCUAUGCUUGCAUCUUGAUUCCACACUCCUUGCUUUCGCCUACUGUCCGGUUGUUUUCCUUCCUUUGCGUUCCCUUUGUCUUCCUUUGCUUUGUCUUUUUCUUUCCACCUUCUCUCUCUGUUGUUUAUCGGACUUCAUCCCCUCCCCUUUUGCUCUGCCUCUUUUUCACCCCCUACAAGAGGGUGGGCGCUUAUGGCAUGCGGGAAUGCAGGCAGCUCAGCUUGUGCUCAACUUCAUCCAUGCGGCAAGCCUUGUACGUGAAAGAGGCACAGUUCAGGGGGAGGGGGGGGAGCUUAGAUAAGAAAUGAUAAAAAAAAAAGAGUGGU